ACAACAGAAAAAAAAAAAAAAAAAAAAAGAAUCUCUCUCUACUAAAUAUAUAGAAGCUAAAAAAUCAUGGUGAUAUCUCACGCUCAGCCUUUACUUCUCUUUGUUUCCAUCUUUUAUUUACCAGCUGUUUUGGGCACCGCCAUCGAAUUCAAGAACAACCCAUAUAACUUUAAUAACGAUUUCGUUAAUGUCACUGGAGUGGAGAUAAUUCCAUAUCCGAUUACAUUUUACGAUAACCCAAUAUUUAAGAUAACCUGUUUUACAUCCCAAGAAGGCUUCGCACAAGAUUAUAUAAUGGUGCGUUUUGGUCUCGAACGCCCUAAUGGUUUAGAGUAUUUAUGGCGCAAAGAAUAUGCACUCUGUGAUUUAACAAAAUGUCCUUUUGAGCCUGGCCCCUUUGUGCUUAGUUUUGCUAACAUAUACGACGUAAAGAGGAGUUUUAAUAUAUCAGGAGAAUAUGAAGUUACAAUAACAAUUUUGCACGGGGGUAACCGUGGGGACACUAUGAACUUCAGUUUCAAGUUUCACGCCAAUGCUUUGGCGGAAUUCAUCAACAUUCCGAGACUUAAUGGCGUUAAUGUCAGUAAAGUGGAGAUCUUUCCAUUUAAAGUUACUGUUAACGAUAAUCCAGUCUUUAGGAUAACCGCUGAUACAGCCCAAGACAUCACAUCUUCUUCAAUGAUAGCAGCAAAAAUGGUUUUGGAGGAUUCAUCAGUGCUAUUUCAUAAGUAUUCGGGAAAGAAUUACAAUCUCUGUGAUUCUACGGACCACUGCCCAGUUGUACCUGGUCGCUUUGUGCUUACUUUUCCUCACCCAUACUGGAGAUACAAGAUCGAAGCAGGUAGAUGUCGUGUUGAAGUACAAAUUUUCAAUCAGAAAAAUGUGUUUCAGGUAAGAAUGAACCUCGCGUUCUGGUUUUCGGUCAGUGAAGCCUAGCUAGAGAGUGAAACUAUAUGUUUCAAAAAGCCUCUCUGGUGUAUGGUGAUCUUAAUCACUGUGUGUUGUAUCAUUUUUUUGUCGUCCAACAAAUAAACAAGGAUUGUUGUAUAAAACACACCUUUGACCUACCCAUGUGUGUAUGUGUGUGUCUGUUUGUUAUGUGGUUUGUUCAAAUAUGUAUAUAUGUGUGUUUAU